AUGACUUUUGCGAGCUCCGAUCCGUCAGAGAAUGACUCGGAGCCUUUCGUGGAGUCGGAUCCGACUGGUAGGUACGGUCGUUACGACGAGCUCCUGGGCUCAGGCUCGGUCAAAAAGGUCUACAGAGCGUUUGACCAAGAAGAAGGCAUAGAAGUCGCGUGGAACCAAGUCAAGCUGAGGUGUUUCGUCGACGACCCGGCCAUGAUCGAGAGGCUCUUCUCGGAGGUCAGGCUGCUCAAGAGCCUGAACAACGGCAACAUCAUCAAGCUGUAUAAAGUGUGGAGAGACGAGAAGAACAGCAUCUUGAACUUCAUCACCGAGAUUUGCACCUCCGGGAACCUCAGAGAGUACCGGAAGAAGCACAGGCACGUGUCCAUGAGAGCUUUGAAGAAGUGGUCGAAGCAGAUACUCAGAGGCUUGGUUUACCUCCACACGCACAAGCCUUGCAUCAUCCACAGAGACCUCAAUUGCAGCAACGUUUUCGUCAAUGGCAACAUCGGCCAGGUCAAGAUCGGUGAUUUGGGUCUAGCUGCAAUUGUUGGAGACAACCAUAUAGCUCAUUCGGUGCUGGGGACACCGGAGUUCAUGGCUCCUGAGUUUUACAACGAGAACUACACUGAGACGGUUGAUAUUUACGCGUACGGGCUGUGCGUUUUGGAGCUUGUUUCGCUCGAGAUUCCGUACAGCGAAUGCGAUAGCAUCCCAAAGAUAGUGAAAAGGGUGAGCUCUGGAAUCAAACCAGAGGCUCUUGACAAGGUCAGGGAUGGAGAAGCUAAGACCUUUAUCAUGAAGUGCAUUGGGAACCCGAUGGCUAGACCGUCUGCAGCUGAGCUGCUCCGUGACCCGUUCUUUGAUGGGAUAGAUGAUGAUGACGAACAAGAAUGA